AUGGUGCACCAUAUAUGCACCCCCGCGGCAAACCGGGUCAAGAAACGAGCCAUCCUGGCCUUGAUCAGGGAGAGGAUUCGCUACACUCGACAAGAACUCUACAAGAAUGCCAAAGAACUGCUGCACAUUCACCUGCAAUUAGCCUCCACGCUUCAAGACCAUUUAUGGGAACGGGUGGAUGGCGUCACAUGGGCCCAGGCUGACUGGACACACCUGAAACCCACUGACAAACAGAUAGACAAGUUUGCAAGGCUACCAGGCAAACAAGAAGAUGAGACGGAGCCGAUGAAACGAACCGUGAUUAACCUCACGGGAAAGCCUUUCGACGACGAAGCCACUUCCAUACUCGAAAAGGGAUUCAACUUUGCACCGACGCCAGCUCUCUUCCCCUCCAAUGACAUCAUCCCCGCAGUGGAACAUGCGGUCCGGCACUUAACCGAGUACAAGGCUCAAGGUGUCAGGAGGGAAACAUGUCGGAUUUUCUCCAAGGCGAAACCGACCACCAGCAACAUCUCACGGGAAGAAAGAAAGGCACUUCGGCCCCUCAGGGAAGAGAAAGAGCGAAUGUUUGCAAGAAAGCUGACUCGUGCUUGA